UCGCAGCCUGGGCGUGGGUCCUCAGGUCUCUGUGCUCACUGAGGCUCUUCAGGGAGGGGACCUUGGCCAGAGCCUAGUGCGCCUGGGAGUCCUCAGGAGCGCCCGGAGCCUGGGCGCACGGGGUCGAAGAGGCUCCUGAACGGGAUUAGGGGGAGAAUGCAGUCCUCCACACACGGAUUCGCGACCAUGGCAGUUCCUUGAGCUGCAUCCGGUACCUUUAGCAAGCAGUCCAUCCCUCUCAGUCCGUCCCACCCUUCCAGGGUUGGAGUCACUGUAGAAGCUGAGCAGCCAUGACAUUUGCUGAGGACAAGACCUAUAAGUAUAUCCGUGACAACCACAGCAAGUUUUGCUGUGUUGAUGUUCUGGAGAUCCUGCCUUACCUGUCCUGCCUCACAGCCAGUGACCAGGACCGACUGCGGGCUUCCUACAGGCAACUAGGGAACCAGGACACACUCUGGGAACUCUUCAAUAAGCUCCAGCGCCGGCUUGGCUGGGUGGAGGUCUUUAUCCGGGCACUGAGGAUCUGUGAGCUGCCUGGGCUGGCUGAGCAAGUGACUCGCGUUUAUCAGAGCUACCUGCCUCCUGGGACCUCACUCCGCUCCCUAGACCCACUGCAGUCACCAGCCAUUCCUGCCACAGUUUCUGGACCUUCUGCAUUUGCACCAGGCCACAACAGCCUUGACAGUGGCUUCCUAGAGACACCAAGUUACCCCAGACCUGUCCAGGACACCCAGCCACCAGAGUCCCCAGUAGAGAAUUCAGAGCAACUUCCACAGGCCAACUUCAGGGCCGUUCCGAGGAUGUCUGGUGGCUCUUUGAUACCCUCUCCUAACCUGCAAGCUCUCAGCCCUCAGCCCUCCAGAGAGCAUCACGAGCAAGGACCAGCACUGGGUGGCACCCACGCAGCAAAUGCUGACUCCGUUCCCAUAGCAACCUAUGGACCUGUGUCUCCGACUGUUUCCUUCCAGCCCCUUCCACGUACUGCCCUGAGGACAAACCUCUUGUCUGGGGCCACAGUAUCAGUUCUCUCUGCUGAUACCUCCUUGUCCUCCUCUUCCACUGGAUCAGCUUUUGCAAAGGCGGCAGGUGACCAGGCCAAGGCUGCCACCCGUCUCAGCGCUACACACACUGAUUCUGCGACUGCCAGCUCAGUGCCUUCUGUCAGAUUGCCAGGAAAUACCAUGUCUUCCAAGCUGCCCAUCAGUUCAAAGUCCAGUGCUGCAAUGACAUCUACUGUGCUCACUGAUGGAGCUCCAUCAAAAUUACCCAUCAACUCAGUGUAUGCUGGCACAGUGCCAUCCAAAGUGCCGGCUAGUGUGGCCAAAGCACCUGACAACACAAUACCACCUGAGAGGAACAGCAAGCAAGCUAAGGAGACCCUGGAGGCUCCAGCAACCAUAGUCACCACUGGAGGCAAACUGGCCGGACCAGAUAGCAGUUCCAGAAGCCUGCGCUCUGGGCUAGAGAUGAGUAAGCCAGGUGUGCUGAUGUCCCAGGGGGACAACGAGCCAUUCUCAGCCUGCUCUGUGGAACUUGCCAUCAGCCCUAGCAGCUCCUUGAGCUCAGAACCCAACCAUGGUCCAGAGGAGAAUGAGUAUUCAUCCUUUAGAAUCCAGGUGGAUGAAGGCCCCAGUGCUGAUCUGUUAGGAAGCCCUGAGGCACAAGGCACCCAGCAGCCAGAAGAGCAGGAAGAGCUUUGUGCCGGCUCAGUGGCCUGGGCUAAGUGGCUUGGGGCCACCAGUGCACUCGUGGCUGCAUUCCUGGCAGUGAUGCUGUACCGUAGUAGGCGCCUGACCCAAUGAAGCCUCAGCUGUAUGCCGCUCACUUGCUCAGUUCUGCCCAGCAUGUUCUCUAGGCUUGGGCUGGUAGAGGCUGAGUCAGAGAAACUUAAAUAUGGCGAGGUCCACUGAGCUGUCCAGGUGGGUAGCUGCACCAAGACGCCGUCACUGUUGGGUGGGGAAGAGGCAUUGUUUCUAUCCUGGUUCAUGUCGUCUUCUGGUCUUCAGCUUUUGGGGGCACUGUAUUACCUCCAUUGCUUCAGACCCGCCCACAUGGCAGUGUAAGCGUUCGUGCUGUGUGCUCCUAAGGAGGUAUCCCCACAGCCUCAUCACUAUUGGCGUAAGCCUGAAGAUGAGGAGGUGUCACACUGUUGAUAAUGGCCCUUAUCUCGCCCAGGUCUCCUGAAACACACACAUAGGUAUAUUGAUGACUGUGCCCAUAGUAUCUUAUGCCUUCCACCAGCAGCCUGGCCUAAGGCCUUGGCAGUAGAGCCUGGGGGCAGCAGAGUGGCGGUCUCUGGGGAGCUCUGAGUACUCUGCCCUUUGGUCCCUCUCCACAGCCAGCCACCCUAAGGUGGGUCUGAGGUUGUCUGUGGACUCCAAGGAAGCCAGAAGCAGCUGCCAGGCCUGAGGAAGCCCCUGGGAGCCCUUCUCCAGCCUCCUUAUCCCCUCUUCACGUCUCCCCCUCCUGGUCUCCAUUCUCUUUGGCUUCCUAUACUGGACGAUGAGAUACCUGGUGGACAGAGCUCAAGCUGGCUUGUGUCACAUCCACCCUUUCUCUGGCCUUUAGCAGCUGUUUAGCUUCUCUAGUCUUGCUCAGUGGACAGAGGGUAGCUUUUCCUUUUACUGGGCUCCUCCGAGACUGAAGGAUACAGAUGUUUGCCUAGUGCCUGUCCCAGAGGGUGUGAGUACAAGCUCUCGGCCCUCCUGCCCAGGCUGGCUGAGCUGAGGUGAGUGAGAGGCAGAGUGCAUGGCAGGCUUUGAGAGAGCAGACUUUACCUCCCUCAUGUCUGUCUCCUCCCUAGGCAUAUGUAGACCUCACCUCUGUGUGUGCCUCACUUUUCUUACCUGUAAGAUGACGUGAGUUUGUGUGUGUGUAUGUGUGUAUAUAUGUAUGUGUGUGUGUGUGUAUACAUAUAUAUACAUAUAUAUGCUAAUAUAUUCCCACCUGUGAAAUGGGUAAUACACAUACAUUUAUGCUAAUAAAUUCUAGUUUUAUCAGGGUAAUUAAAAGAAUUUAUCUGUGAAAAUCUUGUGAGUUCCAAAUUUCUUAAAGGAUGGAUACAUGUUAUCACCACCCUACCCUAGACCGUUUCUCUGUCCUAGAAUUCACUCUGUAGACCAGGCUGGCCACAAACUCAGAGAUCUACCUGUCUCUUUCAAUUAGUAGGAUCAAAGGCGUGGGGCACCACUUUUAAAUGAAAAGGCACUGGGGCUUUUGGAUGUACAAACCUCAGUGAGAAAUAGGUGCUAACACAUUCUCCCCUCCUCCAUGGGCAGAAAGACUAGUUACUCCUACAGCAGAAAUACAGUUAGGUUUAGGCUGGGUGUGAUAGCUCAUGCCUUUAAUCCCAGCACGCAGGAGGCAGAGUCAGGCAGAUUUCUGAGUGAGUUCAAGACCAGCUUGGUCUACACAGCAAGUUCCAGGCCAGCCAGUCUCCAGAAAAUGAAAUGCAAUGAUGUAUAGUGAGGCUGUCCUCAUGGGUUCUCUUAAGGUACCCUUCACUGGACAAGGGGUAAUUAUGAAGCCAACUCCAUCUCUGGGCUCUCUUGUGAACACAAACCUUAGAGAAAUCAGGGAUGGGGGUUGCAAUUACAGUCUUCCCUUCAUGUCCUGAUGACCCAUACUUUCUGAACUUAAAGGCACACUUCAACCCGUGCCAUGAAUCUAGGUGUAACCUGUCCCCAAAUUGUCUACACAACUUUUAUCACCUUUGUUUCUAAAGAACCCUGGUGUUUGUGCCCUCUUCCAGUGCCAUGCUAUGCUGUUCAUGCUAGUGAACAGUUGUACAUGGGUACUAGCUUUAGUGUGUUACCAUUCUAGUGUAGCUUUGAAAGACUAAUUUCAAUAAUAUAAUAUGUAGCCCUACAGAGGUCACCCAGAUGGCGAGAUUUCAAGCACUGAUCACUUAGCAUUUUUUAGGUCAAGAAUGUGUAGGAAAAGCUGGGCGUAGUGGUACACGCCUGUAUUCCCAGCACUUGGGGGGCAGAGGCAGGUGGAUUUCUGAGUUCGAGGCCAGCCUGGUCUACAGAGUGAGUUCCAGGACAGCUAGGGCUAUACAGAGAAACCCUGUCUAAAAAAAAGAAAAAAAGAAAAAGAAUGUGUAGGAAAUAUCAAAGGCCUUCCCUGUACUUUGUAAAUUGUGAUGACCAGGCCAGCAUUCAAUGACACCUUUAUCUCAGCUGGCCUAUUAGAUGCCACCUUCAGGAAGACUUUGGCAGUGUCAGGUCCCAGGAGUCCAAUGUUUAUGUGUUGCUUUCAACUGCAGUGAGAUUCAUAGCUGUGUAGAAGGGAGAGCUGGAACAGGUCUGGACAAGGGGAACCAGAACCCAGGAGAUGGGAGGAGCAUCUGUACCCACAGAAGGCAUGUGGGUACGCAUACUUACGGACCUAAGAAAACAGAACUUCCUUCAGGAUGAUCACUGUUGUUGGGAGAAAGCAGUGCUUCCCAGACAUCCAUGCACGGACCCACAGGCGAGAGAGCCCUGCCCACCUUCUUUCUCUGGUGAAGAAUUCCCAGAAGCCCAAGAACUCUGACUGCUCUAUCCCAGGCAAGUCCCAGUGGGCCCUGCUGUGAUUGAAUGCAGUACAGUGCCACUCUUUCACUUCCUUUCCCUUGCUAGAUGCCCCCAUUUAUGGGGCUCUUUGUCAGAGAUGAGAGACCCCCAUCAUGGGUGUGCUCCAUCAGGGACAGUGUCUUAGCAUGCCACCUCAGGCCUGGCAACCUCUUCUAGCAGGCAGAAAUUCCCAUGCAGGCAAGAUUCAAAUAACCUGACUCAUUAUAUCCUAGGAAUAGGAUCACUCAGAUUCUACAGUCCAUAUUGUCCAUAGAUGCACUAUUAUACAGGCGAGUGGUGACACUCAUCCUGCCCUUGCCGAAGGAAAGUUUGUUGGCCAGGACAACAUGUAAAGUGAAUUUUUUUACACUAAAAUAUGCCUGCCCAAUAUGUCAAGAUCUAUCAUCUGCUCUAAUAGUAAAGUAACACUCUAUAAUUAGUACAGUCUCAGGGAUGACACAAUCAUGUGAUUAUAACCAUUGUGUAUGUGCCCAAAGUCAGAACCCUCAGGCUGGGUGUGAUGGGGUGGGGGAUAUGAACCUUUAAUCCACUCCUUAAGAACUCCAUUGAUAGGGUUGGAGAGAUGGCUCAGUGCUUAAGAGCACUGUCUGCUGCUCUUCCAGAGGUCCUGAGUUUAAUUCCCAUCAACCACAUGGUGGCUCACAACCAUCUGUACUGAGAUCUGAUGCCCUCUUCAGGUGUGUCUGAAGACAGAGACUGUGUACUCACAUAUAGUAAAUAAAUCUUAAAAAACAAACAAACAACUCCAUUGAUUUUUAUUAAAUCAACAUUUAUUAUUCAUUAAAGGCCAUGUUCAAGGGGAAGGCUUAGGAAGGCCAUGUUCAAGGGUGCACUCAGUGAGCUGAGAAUCAUAUAUGUGAUAUAUGGCAAUAAGGUUUCAUAUUACUGGGGUUUUUGUUUUUGUUUGAUAUUUUAAGACAGGGUCUCUCUACAUAACCCUGGCUGUUCUGAGACUCACUAUGUAGACCAAGGUGACUUCAAACUCACAGAGAUCUGCCUGUUUCUGCCUCUGGAAUGCUGGGAUUAAAGGCAUGGUAACUAAGCUAGGCAUGGUGGUGCACCAUGCUCUUAAUCCUGGUGUGCAGGGCGCGGAAGCAUGAGCCCUGCUGCAGGUCUAGGAGCAAGGGCCCACCUCAAAGGAAGACAUUUACACAACUGUGAUGCUUAAUCUUCAUUGUCAGUUUGAUUGGAUUCAGAAUCACAUGGGAAACAUGCUUCUGGGUGUGACUGGGAGGAUGUUUCCAGAAGGGCUUGCUGCCAUGAUUUACCUUCCUGCCACUAUGGGCUGUCCUCUCACUCAGCCUGUGAGCCACGAUAAACCCACCUUAUUAAGUUGCUGUUGUGUGAGACAUUUUAUCGUGUUGAUGAGAAAAGUAAUAUAAUAGCUAAAUAUGGCGGAGCUUACAAGAGCUUAAGAUCAAAUGUUGAUUAAAAACAUAAAACUGGCACUCAUAGAUUUGGGGAGAAAAUAAGCCCAUAUUAUGAUUUGAAGGCAUAUUUCCUCCCUUCAAAUUCAAAGAUUGAAACCCAUUACCAAGGUCAUGGUAGUAGGAUGUAGACCUUUGGGAUGAGACGCGACCAUGGUGACUCCACACUUCUGAAUGGAACCCACUCACUCAUAAAGAGGCCGAAGGCCAGUGAGAUGGCUCAGUAGGUAAAGGCCACUUGCUACCAAACCCAGUGACCUGAGUCUGAUGCCCAGGACUCAUAUGCUAGCAGGAAGGAGCCAAUUGUUGGUCUUCACAAGUGCACUGUGAUACAUACACACAGUGGUACGCAUGCACAAGCACACAUGCACAAGCACACAUGCACAAAUACACUGUAAUAAAAAAUUAUUCAUGUUAUGUUUUAUUGUGGCCCUUUGGAUAGACCCUCCUCUGAGGCACCUUUCUACCCCACUUGUUGACCUUUUGUCAGCUUGAAACAGUUAAACAGAGAUGGGGUCAGGGAGGGGCAAGCCCCAGGGAGCAGUUUGGGUGACCUCUGAAGCGGGCUAAUGGGCCAUCCCUUUCACUUCUCUUUUUGUAUUGAGACUCAGAACUAAAACAGCCAGGAUGGAACCUUCUGUGCAUCCACUAACCUGCCUCACCAGAAAUCAAAGAUCAGUUUAACAUCCUUUAGAACAACUUGGUACUUUGGCUGCUGCCAUAUUCCACAACUAGAUGUGACUGCUGGUAAGGAUGUAGUCUGUACUCUCCUCCAACAAUGCUGCUUCUGCACCAAUAAAUAAAUCCUAACAGAUUUGAGAUGGGUCCAAACACACAGGUGUGCAGAGCCAGCCUAACCCACGACUUUCUCAGAGGCCCUGAUGACAGAAUUGGCAGGGAUAGUCUGAUGCUGGAGCCUGUGUCUUGGAGGACUUGCGGUUGUGGGAACCUGACUCCUCCCCUUGAGCUGUUAUCUGUUCUAAGGCAGCUGUGUCUGAAGUAUCCUAUAUUCUCUUUAGCAAUAUUGUCUGACUUAGCUCUCUGCUGACCACAUUCCCACUCCUACCACAUAUAGUAUAUAAGAUGCUAUAAUUUAAUUUGUUUUAUUGAAACAGGAUCUCUCUAUCCCUGGCUGUCCUGAACUGACUAUGUAGACUAGGAUAGCCUUGAACCCAGAGAUCUGCCUGUCUUUACCUCCUAAGUGCCAGGAUCAAAAGGUGUGCAUCCCACACUCGGUUGGUAUAGAGUGAGUUCACUCUGUAAACCAGGCUGGCCUUGAACUCAGAAAUUCACCUGCCUCUGCCUCCCAAGUGCUGGGAUUAAAGGCAUGCGCCACCACCACCUGACUGGUAUACUUCUUAAUAUACUAGGUGUGGUACAUGUCUUGCACUGAGGACACAAAGGCAGAGAAGUUCAAAGCUAGCCUGGUCUACAGAGGGAGUUCCAGGACAGCCAAAGCUACAUAGAGAAGAAACCCUGAUUUUAGUUCUCUCAUCCUUCUCAAAAAGAAAAGGUCUGUGCAAGACCUGCCAGCCUUGGCUUUUAUCCUAUCUUUCUCAUCGUCUGGCACCUCCCCAUCAGGACCCUGUCACUGAAGAAUGACUGGCUGGUCCCAAUCACACAGGGACCAGACAAAAGUUAACUACAAACCUCUUCCUAUGUGAAGGGACUCUGGCCAGCUCAGGGGUGGAGCAUAGCUCUGUCAGACCUUUCUGGUCUCUCCAAUGCCCUCUGCCCUGCUAGAUUAUUUUCCUAAAGAUAGCCACCAAGGUCUAUUCCUUUUUUUGGCCGCUUCUUUCUUCCUCCCGAGGCUAUUAAGGUCCAUCUAUCAAAGUAGUGAAAUCCAGCAACCCAAAGCCCCUUUGGCUCACCUAAUUAACUGUAACCUUUCUAGCCUUGAGCAGGCUAAGCAGACCUUGAACAUUUGUCACGACAGGUCUUAUCGACCUGGAUAGAGAUGUCUAUCUUGGCUGUAGUUGUAAAUUCCCAUAGGAACUUAGCUGUUUUGGCUGCCACACUGACCCUAUUCUGUAACAUACUCCUGCUGAAGCAGGGGAUGGGUUUUGUGGUUCUUUUCAAUACAAUGCUUGUUAUUAAACUUCGAGCCUUGAUCAAAA